CAGUGCGCACGCGCCUCCGCAAGUUCCGCAAGCAGACGCGAAGUGCGUGGCGCCGGCGCUCAGACCAAGACAUCGAAUUGAGACAUCAGCUAACCCCACCCACCCUUCGAGUGUGUGUGUGCGUGUGUGUGGGAGGUGACGAAGCGAAAAGCCGCAAAGUUCACAAGGAAAAAGUUGUGAAAAUUGAUUUCCCAGCAAGGCGCUGAAGCCAAACCAAAAGCGUUGUGUGCUCGUCUACAAAAUAAAACGUUAAACUUGAACGAUAAUGCUCCAAUUGUGCACCAUCUACGCGUGCGCCAAUGGUACGCUGGGCCUGAAUUUGAGUCGCGCCCCCUGGGAUCCGUAUCCAUGGGUCAGCGGGGUGCAGGCGAAAUCAAAUGCGGAGCGCGGCGGUGUACGCAUUGGCGAUACUCUGUUGGAGCUGAAUGGAGUGGACAUACUCGGCUUAAGGAUCAGUGAGCUGGCCCAUCGACUGGCCGAGCACUGGCACAGUGGGGCCGAGUGUGUGACCAUGAUGAUGUGGCGCCAGCAGGCAGCCAUCACAUCGCCCGAAGAUGCUGAGGAGGCAUCCCAUGCUGUGCAGCAUGGAAUUAAUCAACAAUCGCUGCAAAAGUUUGCAACAUGCCUUCAACAUAUUUCCCAAUUACUGGAGUGUCCUGUGUGCCUUGAGGUCAUCAAACCACCUGGAUGGCAGUGCUGCAACGGACACGUGCUCUGCAAUAAUUGCCGCAGCCGGUCCGUCAAGUGUCCGGUGUGUCGUGUGCCACUGGGACCCAGGGGACGCUGCCUGCUGUCGGAUAAAUUAUUCACCCUGCUGGCAGAGAGUUUUCCCUGCGAUGGCGGGAAAACCAACAAGGUGACUACGGACCAGGACCAGAACCAGGACCAGGCCCCGCAGGUCCAGCGAAAACUGAGCAGCGUCAACAAGUGCACAAAUGAAUAUCAUAAUCAACCAAAAAUGGCGCUGGCCAAGUCAAACUCCGGCAAGAAGUGCGGCAAACAAAUCUCCAGGCAACUGCAGCUGGACGCAGUGGCAGUUGUGGUUCUGAAUGGCAGACACAGCAGCGGUGCAGGUGCAGAUGGAGAUGGAGAUGGGGAUGGCGGUAAUGGCGGGGUGCUGCAGCAGCACCAGCACCAGCAAAUGCCAAAGGGAAAUGAGGAAAAUGCUCGAAUUCGAAAUAAUGUCGCCGACAACAGAAACAGCAACCACAACAGCAACGGCAACAGCAACGGCAACGCCAACGGCAGCAUCACCAGGAGGUGGCACAGUCAGGGCCAGGACGAGAAGGACCUGCAACGUUGCACACUGAUAAAAGUGCAGCACCAGGAGAGUCGUUUCAACGAGCAGCAGAAGAAGUCGGCGCUGGAAGUGCUCGAGAGCAACAAUAUGCUCGUUAAACCAAAGUUAAAGUUGAGUAGAAAAAGUUGUCGGAUUACAGGCAAAGAUCAAGACGGAUUGCGCUGUGAUGAAGUUGCAAACAUAAAUACGGGGCAACACCCAGCAACGGGGCAGAAGGUGGAGGAGGAGCAGCUGGGGCAGAAGCAGGAGCAGGUGAUGCAGUCAGCUGGCGGCAAAGGCCAGCUGCAAUUUCAAAAUUAUCAUUGCCCCACUGGGAAAUCAUGUAUCUUAAGCUGCAGCAGCAGCGUCGCGCUGCUGAAACUUUCCCAGCCAGCGGCUGGCUCUCGGAACAAAUUGUCAAGCGUCAUAGAUGGGGACGCCACCGCAGACGCAGCGGCACUGGGUGCCGGAGUGGCAGCUCCUGUGGCAGCCGAAAUUGCAGCGGCCACCUUAUCAGUGGGGAGCCAUAAACAGGCGCCAGCAUCUGAAGUAAAUCAGGCAACGUCGUCGCUGGUUUCGGGGUCGGGGUCGGGGUCGGGCGCGUCGUCAUCAAUAAAGUCCUGCGAGUGGCAGCUGCUGAGGCAUCUCAGCACCGAACACCGCCUGGCCGUGCUGCACUCCUACGGCACGUUCGGUGAGCGGCUGCACGUCCAGCUGCCGUCCCAGCAGACGGUGGCAUGCCUCAGUCUGAGCGAGGAUGUCAGUUUGGGCCACGAGAAUGUCAGAGUGCACACAUUUUUCCUGGCUGUCAUACCGAUCAGCGCAGGGCAUGGGCAUGCCGUCUUCCUCUGGCACCUGGACCGGCCACAGGAGGAGCCACACUUUGAGACUGUCAUCGAGACACAGGGCGGGCGUGUCAAGUGGUUUGGUGCCGCCCACUCACUCAGGCGCAGCUGGCCGGAGAUUGCUGCCACUGGCCAUUUCCUCAGCUGCCACAACCUGCCGGAGAACGCCUGCGCAGCCUUUGAUAUCACAGUGAAACGAAAGUACCCCCAGCCCUAGACUUACGGCCAGCAUUCUCCGCUAUUUAGCUUUAGCCUAACCCUAAUUAGUGUUUAGUUUAGAAUAUUAAUUUGUGUGUGUGGAAUGCGAAGACUGCAAAUGAAUUUCGCCCAUUUAUAAUCUGUGUAAUUUGCAACCAAUUUUCAUGGCAUUCCAUGUUGAAACAGUUGAAAUAAAAACCGAAAUACCAAAAUAUGCACAAGUGGAGCCAUGGGAAUGAAAAAUCUCUUGACGAACUUGACGGUUGUGUGCUUUGUAAAUUAUAUUUGCAUUUUUUUAACGGAUCGGCUCUUGUUCGUGUUCGCGUUCGUGUAUUUAUUCGCAAAAAUGCAAAACGCAAUUUGGAAAUGUGUUUAAUGUGCAAUAUUUUUAAUUAAUAAAAACAUUUAGAAAUUUGCUGGCCACGCAAAUUGAACGUCAUGUAAACAUCGAUGUUUUAAAUACCCUGCAUUGAAUUGGUUAGGAAUUGGUAAGGCAUAAAGGAAGUUGCAGCUACCUCGCACACCGAUACCACAGUAUUUUUGGAUCGUUGGGAAUGCACACACUAUUGCACAAUUUCCCAUUUUCCGAUAUUUUAAUAACGUGCUAUUUUGUUUUGCUGUUGUUGUUGUCAAGAGUAUUCCGGUUUCGUGGCUCAAUGGGUGAAUGUUUCUUUCUUGUUGAAAAAUAACACCGAUAUUUGCAUUGCAGACCACCAGAAACGGGCAGCAGCGACUAGCGCUUGUCUGUUUGCUGCCUCCUGAUAAUUGACUUGCAUGCAAAUUAAUGUUUUUUGCCCCGAUAUUGUUUUUGCUGCUCCUGCUGCUCCUGCUGCUCCUCCGUGUUCCUCCUGUUGCCCUGUCCGUGUGCGUUUGGCCGACAAACAGUAAACACGGGGGCCAAACCCAUGAGUAAUUUUCAUCAGUGCCAUGCAAUACAUAAAUCUCUGCACCAUCGAUGUUUACCAUAUUUAAGGAAAAAACUUCAAUUUUCAUACAACAAAAAUCACAGUGCCCACCAACUAUACUAUACAAUAAUACUAUACUAUACUAUGCUAUACCAUACAGACUUUCUAUAUAGUCCAUGUUUGGGUGCGCUGACUGCGUGUGCACGUGCAAAUAAAGGAACGUUUUUUUUU